AUGGUCCGUGCACUUCCAGAUCACAACGACGACGACGACGACGACGAUCACAACAACACCUCAUACGAGUCGAAACAAUACGACAGCUAUCUACAUCGAUAUGAGAUGUUGGGCAAGCGAUUCCUUCAGCUGAACAGCAACUCCAAUACUGAGGAAUGGGACAAAGUGCGCAUACAGAUGCGUAGGCAACUCAUUCUGUUGGAGUAUUAUAGACAUCGCAGGAUGGAGUUCACUCACAAGACAUUGAUGGGACAACUUGGACUCACCAUGCAGCCACUCUCACUCGAGACACCGAUUCGCAAUCACUACCCGGUGGCACUGCUCCCCCAACCAUACCUAUGCAUUGAUCUCACCAGCCGCUACCCCAACACCUUGGGCGAGCUCAUUGCCAACAACUUUCCAGGAUCGAUACAAGUUAUCGAUGGUGAUCCAGGCGUGGAUGGAGUGAAUGGAAGUGUAGGCGCAAUGAUUGGUCGAUUCAACUAUGGAAUUCAUAUGAGUCUGUCGAGUGAUGAUAUUGGAGAUGGUGAUGGAGGUCAUGACGAUGAUGAUGUAGUUACCAUUGAUAGACAGAGUUAUUCAUACUUGGCAAUGCUUGGUGAUCCAGUGGAGAGAGUGAUAAGAGCGUAUAACAAUCAUCGUGCACAUAUGAAUGAGAGCGAUACAAAUAUAACAACGAUUGAACAAUGGAUAAAGACUUCUCCACAAGCGAAUAACGAACAAACGAGGAUGUUGGCUGGCAUUGGUGUUGGCCCUGGAGUUGGAGUUGGUAUUGGUAUUGGCAAUGGCAAUGGCAUUGGCCUUGGCGAAGAAUAUGUAGACGACGAAGAUGACGAGUCGUCCAAUAAUGAUGGACUUUUGGGCAACAUUGCCGUGUCGUCAACAACAGAGGAGACAUACCGUGUGGCUCUGUUUCACUUAAGAAGGUAA